AGUCUAUGGUGAGUAAUAAAUAAAGAUUAUAUAUCAUAAAAUCAUAAAAAAUUAUUUAUUUUAAUAAUAUGAAAAAUAAAUUUAAUAAAUUAUUUAAUGAUUAUAAAUAAUGUAAUAUUUAAUAUAUCUUCGUAAUUGGAUUCAAAUAAAUAUAUUCAUUUUAAAGAUAAAUCUUAUACAUUGAAACAACUAUAUCCUGCAGAAGAAAUAAAAGAAGUUAAUAAGCAACAAGAUUUGGAUUUUUCCACAGAAAAAAAUAUAAAACAUUUUAUGGAAAAACAUGCUAAUCUCUUUGAUAAACUUACCUAUUUAAAUAAUACACAAAUUUUAAAUUCCCAUUUAAAAAAUAUUAAUUCAAAGAUUCUUCAGAAAAUAAAAACAAAAAGAAAAUAUAAUGGAAUUAUAAAAAAGGGGGAACUCAAAACACAUAAUAAAAUUAUAAUUUGUAAUAAAAAAUUAAAAAUAAAUUUAACAAAUAAAUUAAAUGGAUCAAAAUACAAUUUACCAUCAUCUAUAACAUGGAAACAAAAAUAUAUAAAUUCUCAUAAUUGCAAAAAAAAUAAAUUUAAAAAAAUGCCAAUAUUUGAAAAUUCUAAACUAUUUUGUUAUAAUACAAGUACACAUGAUUAUCAGAAAAGUAAUGACACUUCAAUAGAUAAUGAUAAACAAAAAACUUUUCUUAAACACAAUUUAACAAAUGUUAUGAUAAAUUUUACGAAAAAAGAAAUAGAAAUGACUGAAAAAUUGUUGUUAUUGUAUAUAAAAGAUAUAGAAUAUAUAAAAAAAAAUAUUCAAAUUACCUUACAUAUAACGAAGAAUUCAAAAUUUAAUUAUGACACAAAGGAUCGAAUAGAAUAUAAUCAAUUACUUUGUCAUCACGCAAUUCUAUGUUUAAUUGAACCAAGUAAAAAAGGUGCUGUUUUAAUUGAAGAUAAUUUACCAGUUAUUAUUAAAAAAUACCUUAUGCAUGGAUACAAAUACCAUUUUGAUUUUCAGAGGAGAUUUGUAUUUUACAUAAAAGGAAAAAUGGUAAAUGAAGAAAUAGUGGAAUUUAAUAAAAAAUCACAACCAAUUUUUAAGAAUCCAAUUUUUCAACAAAAAUUUCGAUCUACUAGUACCACUGGAAAAAAACGAACUUGGCGCUCAUUAAAACAAGUCUUAGCUCAAGAACGUACUUUACCAUGGCUUCCAGAAGUAGUGCAUUAUAGUUCUAUUAAUGCACCGCCAAGCUUUAGACCAGCAAAAAAGUAUUCUGAUAUUUCUGGAUUACCCUCACGAUAUACAGAUCCACAAACUAAAUUAUACUAUGCAACUGCAGAAGAAUUUGCAACAGUUCGAAGUCUACCAAUGGAUAUAACUGCUGGAUAUCUAGCGUUGCGCGGUGCCUCCAGUAUUGUUGGAUAAAAUAAAUGAGAAUUUUAUUUUCUAUAAUUUCCUUAUAUUUAAAUAAUAUAGAACACGGAUAUUUUAUUUUGUAAUUAUAUCAUACUUAUUGUAGAAUAACGAAAUAGGUGUAAAUCUGUAAAUUAAUUAUAAGGCUGCAAAUGUAAACAAAAAUAUAUCGAAUUUAUAAAGAGACAAAA